AUGCCACCAUAUCAGCCACAACAGAUGCUAUACCCUCCUGUGCCGACUUAUCAACCACCUCCGUUUACACAAUUUCAGCCUCAAGCGCCGAGACUGGUACAACCACCUCCGCCGCAACAGUAUAGGCCUCUGACCCAACGGCCAAAUGUUGGUGACAGAGGGAAAGGAAAAGUACAGGGACAAGCUUAUGCCCUGGCAGGAGGCAAUUCUGGAGGUCAGACCAGCAACCCGGUAAUGAGUGUGCGUAGAUCGUGUGAAAUCACAAUUGGGAGUGAGCGAAUGAGAGCUGACUUGAUUAUCCUUCCGAUGAGCUUGUUUGAUGUGGUCCUCGGAAUGGAUUGGUUCUCGAAAUACGGAGCAAUUGUUGAUUGUUACCGUAGGAGAGUGACUCUGAUGACUAAGUCUGGAACAACGAUUUCUUAUCAGGCAGAUUUGAAUCUAGUCUUAGGAGAACGACUGUUGAAGUACAGUGUUGGGGGACGGAGGAAUCUAGCAUGUUUUUCUUCACUUCUUGCUUUGGAAAGUGAGCACGAGAUAACUGGAGAUAGUGCGGGAAUCCUUGUAGUGGAUGAAUUUACGGAUGUAUUUCCUGAUGAGCUACCUGGUUUACCGCCAGAUCGGGAAAUUGAAUUCUGUAUUGAUUUAGUUCCGGGAACGGCACCUAUUUCCAUCCCUCCAUACCGGAUGGCUCCGGCAGAGAUGAAAGAAUUAAGAACACAACUUGAGGAGCUGGCAGAAAAAUGGAGAAUUUCUGUAGAUCCUUCUAAGAUCGAGACUGUGCUACAGUGGGAAAGACCGAAGAAUGUUGCGGAGAUUCACAGUUUUCUCGGACUUACAGGGCAAAGGAGAUGGGUGGAGUAUAUGGAAGAUUACGACUUCACUCUACAAUAUCAUCCGGGAAAAGCUAAUGUGGUGGCUGAUGCCCUUACUGAGCAUCGGAAGCCAGCAGGAGAGUUACAACCUCUUCCUGUCCCUAGAUGGAAAUGGGAGCACAUCACCAUGGACUUUCUGAUGGGGCUACCGAGAACUGAGCUGAAGUACGAUGCCAUCUGGGUGGUGGUGGAUAGGUUGACGAAGUCUGCGCACUUCAUACCGUUUCAUGCAACGUAUUCUCGGAAGAUUCUGUCAGAAUUGUAUCUGGAGCACAUCGUGAGAUUACACGGAGUGCCACUGUCAAUCACAUCCGAUCGUGAUACCCGCUUCAAUGCAAGGUUGGGAAGGUAG